GUCGAUACCGAGGUUCGGCAGCAUGCGAGUCGAAGAUGCGCUGUACUCGGCGCCACCGACGACUCCAAUCAAGUUGGAAGACUUGGAGGAUGCCGUGAAGCGGCGCUUCCAGGUUCUAAUGGACUUGUAUCGAGGAACUCUGUCGUCUUCAUCCAUCGAGCCACUCCGUGACCUUCAUGCGCAUUUCGGACUUCGAGUCAUCUUUGCGACGAUGCCAGAGUUUAAUGCAUCCAUCGAACACACCGACUUGUGUUCCUGGUACAUCGAUCAAGAAACGAAGCUCUUUUGCCGUCGUGUGAUGCGUAGACUCAAGCACAGUAAUCCAGCGUCGGUGAGAACUAUAGUUCGAGAAACCCUUCGCGCCUUGAACGCAUCGUACGAAGAAGACGACGCAAAGCAUCUGCUCGUUCCUUUCCAGGACGUACCAAAUCUCGUGCGCACCCGCUCUGUACUUCUCCAAGCUGGGCUGUGCCGCAUCCCAUACAUGUCAAACGAAGCGACUGUCGUCGUCGGCCAUCAUGCGCAUCGUUACUUUGCCGCCAUGUUGCAAGUUCAAGCCCGUGCUUGUCGUGUGUACAGGGAAGAUUUAAAACGCCUGGAUCCUGUACGUUCCUUCGUGCUGGCUGCUCUCCGCGACUCCCUUCGCCCUGCUCUGGAUCGUCGGCAGCACCAUCUUUCCCACCUUCCUCGCGUGAGCUGCGACGACGACUUGCGGGCCGCCGCGCCAUUCCUUCCACUGUGCAUGCGGUAUCUAGCCGACAAACUGCGGCAGAACCACCAUCUCAAGUACGACGGACGAAGGCAGCUCGGGUUGUUUCUCAAAGGCGUCGGAUUCACCGUCGAGGAGAACUUGCUCUUUUGGCGCGCCGCGUUUCACCCGCUCACGAGCCCCAAAACUUUUUACAAAAAGUACGCGUACAACAUUCGGCACAGCUACGGUCUUGUGGGCAGUCGCGUUGUGUACGACCCCAUGGCAUGCGACACGAUCCAGAAGAAGGGGCCGCCGGGCGCCGGCCAGUUCCACGGAUGCCCAUUUCUCCACUGGGAUCGGGCGUUCCUUCGGACGCAGUUGGCGGCGUACGGUGUACCUCGUGCCCGCGACAUCGCUGCAACGACGGGUCCCUCUGCCGCGUGCCUCACCCAUCUGCGCACGGUGUGUCCUUCUGCGUCGUCCUGGAUAGCGCAGGGCGAGCGACUCACGCCAAAUAGUUGGUUCGACGUUGCUCGAAUGUGUGGUCCCGCAGCCGCCCCGGCGAUCGAUGCUUCAUCGUCCGCAAGCCACGUCCUCGCCACAACAUCCCCUGGCUCCGACAACGAUGUGGACGAGUGAUGCGCCAAAACACACAAAUUCACCGUGAAAAACAACUUGUUUCACGAUCUAAAGUGGCGAUUGCUUAUGGUGCGAUCGACCUGUUCCGCCGACUCCCUCACGACCCCCGGCGGCACGUCCACGUACUGCGACAACAUGUCGACGACGAACUCGAGGGGACCGUGCCAUGCUGCAAGGCCCGAAUUGCGCAUGGAGUGGUAGUAAAUCGGGUAAAAGUACGUGCCGUCGUCCUCUGUCCCA